AUGAAGUCCUACCAGAAGCUGAGGACGGCGGCACCGCCGCCGGGCUGCCGGCUCGAGGAGGAGGGCGCCGCGCCGCGGGCGGCCGGCCGCGGCAGGCUGGCACCGUGCUGGGUGGGCAGCGGGCUGCUGGUGGCCGCCGUGCUGCUGAGCGCCGUCACCGUGUGGGUGCUGCGGCAGGUGUCCCGUGGCUGGCACCUGCCCCCGCCGCCCCCCAAGUGCCUGGCGGUGCCCCAGAGCCAGCGCUUCGACUGCUACCCGGAGCGGCACGUCGUGGUCACGCAGGAGCUCUGCGAGAGCCGCGGGUGCUGCUUUGUGCAGGGCGCCGCGCGCGGGGCGCCCUGGUGCUUCUACCCCAGCGACUUCCCCAGCUACGCGCUGCAGAGCCUCAACCAGACGGCGCUGGGCAUGACGGGGCUGCUCGUGCGUGCCCAGAAGGCCUAUUACCCCCGCGACGUGGGCACGCUGCACCUGGACGUGCGCUACGAGACGGACACGCGGCUGCACAUCAAGAUCACUGAUGCUGCCAGCCCGCGGUACGAGGUUCCCCUCGAGGUUCCCCAGGCCACGAAGAGAGCUGAAAAUCCCAUCUACAGCGUGGAGCUCUCCCGGGAGCCCUUCGGGGUGCUGCUGCGGCGACGGGCGACGGGCACCGUGCUGCUCAACACCACGGUGGCUCCCUUGAUCUUUGCCGACCAGUUCCUGCAGAUUUCCACGGCCCUGCCGUCGCCGUUCCUCUACGGGCUGGGGGAGCAUCGCACCAGCCUGCUGCACAGCCUCGACUGGGUCACCCUGACGCUGUGGGCCCGGGACGUCCCUCCCAUGGAGUCGUUCAACCUCUACGGAGCUCACCCCUUCUACCUGGUGAUGGAGCGGGGUGGAGAUGCCCAUGGGGUUUUCCUCCUCAACAGCAAUGCGAUGGAGGUGGCUCUGCAGCCGGCCCCAGCUCUGACCUGGAGGACCAUUGGGGGCAUUUUGGAUUUUUACAUCUUCCUGGGGCCUGAUCCCAACAUGGUCAUCCAGCAGUACCAGCAGGUCAUAGGUUUCCCAGCCAUGCCGCCCCUCUGGGCACUGGGUUUCCAUCUCUGCCGCUGGGGCUACGGGUCGAGCAAUGAAACCUGGCAGACUGUGAAAGCCAUGAGGAAUUACCAGAUCCCACAGGAUGCGCAGUGGAACGACAUUGAUUAUAUGGACGGAUACCGGGACUUCACCUUCGAUCCCGAGAAGUUUGCCUCGCUCCCGUCGCUGGUGGCAGACCUGCACAAACACGGCCAGCGCUACGUCAUGAUUUUGGAUCCUGGCAUUAGCAGCACCAACCCUCACGGCUCCUACUGGCCUUUUGACGAAGGCUUGAGACAGGGACUGUUCAUAAACACCACCCAAGGGCAGCCACUAAUAGGACAGGUGUGGCCUGGCUUCACCGCCUUCCCAGACUUCUCCAACCAGGACACCCAUCAGUGGUGGCUGGAGAACCUGCAGCGUUUCCAUGCCCAGGUGCCCUUCGAUGGGCUUUGGAUCGACAUGAAUGAGCCAUCCAACUUCAUGGAUGGCUCUGAAGAAGGUUGUCCCCCAGGAGACCUCGAUAGCCCACCAUACACACCAGCUGUGCUGGGGGAUUCCCUCUAUGCGAAGACGGUUUGUGCCUCGGCGAAGCAGAGCGCCUCGGUGCACUACAACCUCCACAACCUCUACGGGCUGAUGGAAGCCAAGGCGACGGCAAGAGCCUUGAUCCAGAUCCGAGGGAAGCGCCCGCUCGUCAUCUCUCGCUCCACCUUCCCCAGCCAGGGCCGCUACUCGGGCCACUGGCUGGGGGACAACCAGAGCCAGUGGAAGGACAUGUAUUACUCCAUCCCAGGGCUGCUGAGCUUCAGCCUCUUCGGGAUCCCGCUGGUCGGGGCGGACAUCUGCGGCUUCUCGGGCAGCACCUCGGAGGAGCUGUGCACCCGCUGGAUGCAGCUCGGCGCCUUCUACCCCUUCGCCCGAAACCACAACACCCAGAACGAGAAGGCCCAAGACCCGACCGUGUUCAGCCCUGCGGCACGGACGGCCAUGAAGGACGUGCUGCUGACGCGCUACUCCCUGCUCCCCUUCCUCUACACGCUUUUCCACCGGGCCCAUCUGCAAGGAGACACCGUCGCCCGGCCUCUGUUCUUUGAGUUCCCCCAGGAUGUGGCCACGUACGGGAUGGACAGGCAGUUCCUGUGGGGACAGAGCCUGCUGGUGACGCCGGUGCUGGAGCCUGGAGCGGACUCAGUUGUGGGCUAUUUCCCGCGAGGCGUGUGGUAUGACUUCUACAGGGGCACAUCUGUGAACAGCAGCGGGGAGAUGCUGAAGAUGCCGGCCCCCCUGGACCACCUCAACCUGCACGUCCGGGAGGGGGCCAUCCUGCCCACCCAGAAACCUGGGAUCACCAGCCAGGAGAGCCGAGGGAACCCCCUCCGCCUGAUUGUGGCCUUGUCCCAGAGUCGCGCCGCCUGGGGUGACCUCUUCUGGGACGACGGCGAGAGCCUGGACACCUUUGAGCGGGGCAGCUACUCCUACCUCGUGUUCAACGUUACGCGGAACGUCUUCUACUCCACCGUCCUCCAUACCAGUGCAGAGGCCACGCACGUCACCAUUGACACGCUGAGCAUCUUUGGCGUUCGGGAGCCUCCCAGCAAAGUCCUGCUCAACGGGCAGGAGAAGCCCUUCUCCUACCUGGACAACCAGGUCCUCACCGUGAGUGACCUCGGCCUCGGCCUCAGCCAGGGCUUCUCGCUGCGGUGGCUGUGAGCGCCAUGGGGCGGAGGAGGAGCUGCCGUCCCACCAUCUCUGAGGCCGUUCUGUGUCUGUCCCGCCAUCGCCGGGGCCAUUCUGUGUCCGGGAGACCUGGGCACCUCCGUGGAGGAGGAGGCGGCAGGGCCUGUGCCCACCCUGCUUCCCUGCCACCCCUCGGGGACACGA